UGACCGAGAUCGGCUCGUGGCAACGAGGGCGACGCAGAGGAAACGACGGCAGCAGGAAACGGCGGAGCCGAGGCGUCGCUUGCCGGGAAAGGGGGUUAGCGGCGUCAGGCGACGGCGCUCCGGUUUCCGCAGGCCAGGGAGCGUCGCCACGCAAACGUCCAUUCGCAGACAACUUAAGCGUUAAGUGAGCGACGAACUCUCGCUUGAGGAAAGCGCACUUUCGCUACUCAACUGGCUGCGGCCUUGAGUCCUAUUUGAAAGGUUUCAACUUCACGGGCGAACCGCCUUGGCUGCUGUGCACUUGAUCGUGCCGAAAUCCCAUCUUUUCCUUAUCCAGUUUCUUUUGUGAUCGGUUGAACACUGAAAUGGAGGCUGCCGCUUUCUCCGUGGACGACUUUGGCUUCACCUUCCUAGAGGAGGGCUUUUCUGCACGAGAUGUUGUGGAGCAGAAGAUAAAUGAGUCAUCCAUGUCGGAUGACAAGGACGCCUUCUUUGUCGCCGACCUGGGUGAUGUGCUGAAGAAGCACCUGCGGUGGGUGCGGGCCAUGCCCCGCGUCACGCCCUUCUAUGCCGUCAAGUGUAACAACAGCCGUGCUGUCGUCAUGACUCUGGCCUCCUUGGGCGCCGGUUUUGACUGUGCCAGCAAGACAGAGAUUGAGAUGGUUCGCUCCCUGGGUGUGGACCCCAGCAGGAUCAUCUAUGCCAACCCCUGUAAGCAGCUCUCUCAGAUCAAGUAUGCUGCAGCCCAGAAGGUGCAGAUGAUGACCUUUGACAGUGAGGUGGAGCUCAUGAAAGUUGCCCGAUGCCACAACGAUGCCAAGCUGGUGCUCCGCAUCGCCACAGACGACUCCAAAGCUGUGUGUCGGCUCAGCGUGAAGUUCGGAGCGACGCUGAAGGCUAGUCGUCUGCUGCUGGAGCAGGCCAAGGACCUUGGACUGGAUGUUAUCGGGGUCAGCUUCCACGUGGGCAGCGGCUGUACGGAUUCAAGCACUUACGUCCAGGCCAUUUCAGAUGCCCGCUGUGUCUUCGAUAUGGGGGCUGAGCUGGGCUUUAAUAUGACUCUCCUGGACAUCGGUGGUGGCUUCCCUGGCUCUGAAGAUGUCAAACUCAAAUUUGAAGAGAUCACAGGCGUCAUAAACCCGGCUCUGGACAAGUACUUCCCUGCUGACUGUGGUGUCAGGAUCAUUGCUGAGCCUGGCCGGUACUAUGUGGCAUCAGCCUUCAUGCUGGCGGUCAACAUCAUUGCCAAGAAGGUCAUAAUGAAGGAGGAUCCCUCUUCUGAUGAUGAGGAUGAUGGGAACUAUGACAGGACCCUCAUGUACUAUGUAAAUGAUGGCGUCUACGGGUCAUUCAACUGCAUCCAGUAUGACCACGCUGUGGUGCAGCCCAUUCUUCACAAGAAACCCAAGCCGGACGAGCACAUGUUCCCCUGCAGCAUCUGGGGUCCUACAUGCGACGGCCUGGACCGCAUCUUGGAGCAGUGUCAGCUGCCAGACCUGCAGCUGGGCGACUGGCUGCUCUUUGACAACAUGGGCGCCUACACCGUUGCCGCUUCCUCCACUUUCAAUGGCUUUGAGCGGCCAGACAUCCAUUACGUCAUGUCCCGUUCCUCCUGGCAAGUGCUGCAGCAGAUCCGCACCCAGGGACCACCCAGCCUGCUGGAGGAGUCGUGUCCCAGCGGCAUGCCGGCCUGCUGUGGGCGUGAGAGCAGCCUAGAGCUACCUGCGAAGCCAUGCUCAGCCCGUGUGCUCUAACUGCAGAGCAGCAUGCUUUUACCCCACUCUCGCUCUCACCCUCACCUCCAUACUCACCCUUGAGAGGCCAGUUAUUUGACUUGGAGAAGGUCAGAGGGCGUGUGUAUGCAUGUUUUUCCACUGUAUGGAAGCAGGAGAUCCACUUGAGUGGGGCUGAAGCUUGCUGGGUCCCCUGUAGGGGUUUUUCUAAGGGAAGGGAUGCAUUUCAGAGGGGGAACUGAAUUUCCUGCAGGGUCUUGGAACUCAGCUGCUUCUGCUGACUCCCCAUUGUAAGGGGGUGGGGGGGGCAAGUCCUCAGAAUGGCUGCUACAUAUUUAGUGAUUCAUGGGUCUCCUCUUGUGUACAGGUCUCACCCUCUCAUGCAAACUUGCCUUUUUCCUUUGUUCGUUCUCUGCUAUGUAAUGUUUAGUGAGAUGAAUUUGCGAGCCGAUGCAUUAGAAAAUGGAUCUGGGAAGACGGGAUUGCACAUUACAUUGCUUUCCUAUGGAAACUUUUUUAAUUUUGUAUUU